GGGCAGCGCCAGCAGCUGAACACGUUUGGGAGCCGCUGACGUCUGCUCCGGCAUCGCCCACGGAGGAAAACAGGCGGCAGAGCACGAGUCUGGCCCCACGGAGCAGAGCGGGCUCCCGGCCGGCUCGGGCGCUGUGCCCACCAUGCCCCUCCCGGGCCGGCCGGUGGCACCGCGGGGGGCCGGGGGGCUCGACUGAGCCCCCGCCAUGGGGCCAUGGCGGUGGCUGCUGCUCUGGUGCUUGCGCAUGGUGCUGAUCCACGGCACCAUCCUGGGGGGGGCCCAGCGCCCACCGGAGAGACCCCCCCGGCCGGCAGGAUGGUCCCCAACCCCGUCACCCUCCGGGGUGCCCACAGCGGAGCCGGGAGCGCCAGGGGACCCCGAGGGCUCGGCGGCGGCGCUGGCUUUCCUGCAGACGGGCGAUGCGCAACGGCUGGCCCAGGCCAACUGCAGCCGGGGGGUCCCCGCGGGGGCAGCGGGGCUCGGCCCCCCCCCGGCGCUGCGUGCCGCCCUGCGUGCUGCCCCGGAGGCGCUGGCCCACGCCGCCAACUUCCUCAACAUGCUCUUCCAGACCAACGACAUCCGCGAGGCCAGCGUGGCCGAGGACGUGGAGUGGUACCAGGCACUGGUGCGCAGCCUGGCCGAGGGGCACCCAUGGGUGCGCCGGGCGGUGCUCGCCCUCGACGCCCACCCGCUGGCCGCCAAGCCCCGGCUGAUGCUGCAGGCCACCAAGGGGGACAGUGAAAUCCUGCUGCAGGACGUCUCCGCUGCCGCCCCCAGCCUCGGCAACCUCAGCUGGGACAACGAGUGGUUCAACGCCCUCAAGUCCCAGCGACCCCCCCCUCUCCGCAAGCGCGUGCUCAGCAAUGACCUGCGCAGCAUGGAGACCCCCAAAUGGCAGCAGGGGGACAGCUACGUGGGGGAGCCGGGCCACGUGCGGUGGUCCCCACCGUUCCUCGAGUGCCGGGACGGCAGGUUCUUGCCUGCCUGGGUGGUCACGCUCUCCUCCGCUUUCUACGGGCUCAAGCCAGAUCUCAGCCCCGAAUUCAAGGGCGUUGUGCGGGUCGACAUCGAGCUGCGGGAUGUGGCCAUCGACCAGUGCGCCAGCGGCCCGGGCUGGUUCGCGGACACCCACCGCUGUGACCUCAACAGCACCCAGUGUGUCCCCCAGGAGAGCCGUGGCUUCGUCCUCGGGAGGUACCUGUGCCGGUGCAAGCCGGGCUUCUACGGGGCUGGCGGAGUGGCCAGCGGUGCCCGGGCAGGCAUGGCGGGGGCAGACGGGGGGUCCCGGCUGGCGUGCCGGCCCUGCCGCCAGGGAUGUGCCACCUGUGAGGACGAUGUGCCCUGCCUGAUCCAGGAGGACUGGGCGCUGCGGGCGGCUGUCCUGUCCUGCCAGGCCUGCUGCAUGCUGGCCGUCUUCCUCAGCAUGCUCGUCUCCUACCACUUCCGACGGAGCAAGAGGAUCCGGGCAUCAGGAGUUGUCCUCCUGGAGACCAUCCUCUUUGGCUCCCUCCUCCUCUACUUCCCGGUGUUCAUCCUGUACUUCAAGCCGAGCAUCUUCCGCUGCAUCGUCCUGCGCUGGGUACGCAUGCUUGGCUUCACCAUCGUCUAUGGCACCAUCACCCUCAAGCUGUACAGGGUGCUGAAGGUGUUCCUGUCCCGCACGGCUCAGCGGGUGCACUACAUGUCGAGUGGGCGGGUGCUGAAGAUGCUGGGGCUGAUCCUGCUCCUGGUGCUGUGGUUCCUGGCGGCCUGGACCAUCGGGAUGCUGGAAAACGCCGACAAGAACAUCCCGCUGGUGAUCCGCACCCAGACCACCCACGGGCUUCACUUCUACAUCUGCAGCCACGACCGCUGGGACUACAUGAUGGUGAUCGCCGAAAUGCUGUUCCUGCUGUGGGGCAGUUUUCUGUGCUACGCCACGCGCGCCGUGCCCUCCGCCUUCCACGAGCCUCGCUACAUGGGCAUCGCGCUCCACAACGAGCUCAUGAUCUCGGCUGCCUUCCACGUGGUCAGGUUCAUCAUGGCUCCCUCGCUGCACCCCGACUGGACCCUGCUGCUCUUCUUCGCUCACACCCACGGCACCAUCACCAUGACGCUGGUGCUGCUCUUCAUCCCAAAGUUCCUGCACGCCGGCUCACCGCUGCGGGAGGAGAUUGCGGCCGAGGUCUACGAGGACGAGCUGGACAUGCGGCACUCGGGCUCCUGCCUGAACAGCAGCAUCGCGUCCGCCUGGAGCGAGCACAGUCUCGACCCCGAUGACAUUCGGGAGGAGCUGAAGAAGCUCUACAUGCAGCUGGAGGCCCACAAGACGUGGAGGAUGGCAGCCAACAACCCCCACCUCCCCAAGAAGCGCAGCUCUCGCCGCAGCCUGGGCCGCUCCAUCCUGCGCCGCGUCGCCGAGCUGCCCGAGGCGGUGGCACACCGGGGCAGCAGCAGGGAGCGUGGGGUCACCCCGACACACCGCGGCUCCUCGGCCAAGCGGCUCCCCGACGCCGGCGGGGCCAGCCUGCGGAUGCGGGAUGAUGGCUCCCGGCGCCGUGCCACUGCCCUGCGCAAGUCGCACAGCACCGAGGGUCCCACGCAGGUGCCCUGGGGAGGCUCGCCCACCUCCAGCCACCCCGGGGAGCCGGCGGGGGGGAGGAAGAUGAUGGCAGUGACAGCCUUGGAGCAAUCCGACAGCGAGUCCCUCGACGCCACCCCACUUGUGUGCAAGUCAGCUAGUGCCCACAACCUGGCAGGGCACGGGCAGCCCCCCCUGCCCCGCGCAGCCCCCUUGCAGAAGUCGCUCAGCGUCGUUGCCGGUGCGUGGGACGAGGCCCUGCUUGCCGCCAGCCAAGCCGCACGGGAGGAGUGGCACGCCAACCGGCCCCCCCUCCGCCCCAGCCUCGGGGCACCCCACGUGCCAGGGCCCCCCGAGGAAGCCAGGAAGCCCCAAAGCCCCAGUGCCUCCCUGCCAGGCGGCUCCAGCCCCACCGAGGGGGGCUCCCAGGAGGACACGUCCCCCCCUGGCAAGGUGCAGAAACACGUCACCUACGCACCCAUCAAGAGCAUCAGCGUCGACAGCUCCCACUUCCCAGGGCGGGUGCGCGUGGCUGUGAGAAGGACCCCCCCACCACCACCCAUCCGCUACCAGAGCCUGGGGCAACGUGCCACACCAGCUGGGGACAGCCCAGAGCCACCCACGGAACCCCUGGCACAGGCGGGAGAACCGGAGGGAACACCGGUGGGGGUGGCGGAGGAAGAUCCGAGGUGCACAUCCCCCCAGGGGGGGAAGGGCAGGCUGCUGACCGCAGCCUCCAUCCCGGCCCAGGUCUGCCCCUGGGAGCUGGUCCAGGAGGAGAUCCUGAGCCGAAGGGAAAAAGCUGCCGAAGCAGCAGAGUCAGGGACCCCCGGUGACACACCAGCCACCCCCCCCAGCUUCAAGCUGUCCUCCCAGAAGUCCUCCAUCCGGGGUCUGGGACUCGCCAUCAAAGCCUUCAACCGCUCCAGGGGGAAAAGCAUCUUGAAGGGGAAGAGGGAGGGCGAGGGGAGCCUCAGGAAGAGGGGCAGCAGGAGGGAGAGGCCCAACCUAGCAGAGACAGCAGUUGUGUCCCUUGGGGGGAUCAGCCAAGACCCCGCCGCAAAAAGCCCUGAGUGGAGCCGGCAGAGGCCCGGCAGCGAGCCCCCUGCCCACUCACGGCAGGGGGCUGUGGUCCCCUGCCAGCACAACAACAACGCUGGCACUGCUCGGGAAGCCGCGGGCUCAGGGGAUGGUGGGGCAGGACAGUGGGACAGCCCAGCCCCAGGGUCAGGGGAUGGGGGGACACUGGCAGAAGAGCCCAGCGCUCCCUGGGGGGAGGCAGAUGCCGGUGGGGGUCUGGAGCCAUCUUUGGGAGUGCACAAGGUCCCACCCAGCGCUGGCCACCAAGGAGCUGAACACCCCCGAGAAACCCCGGUGGUGGCCGGCAGCGGGAGGGCACAGACCCAUCCCCAGCAAGGGGCCGAGGAUCCCACGGCAGAGCUGGGCAAGGACAGUCCUGCAGCCAUCGUGAGACUGAUGGCACCAAAAGAAGGGGGGGCCAGCAGGUCCAUCCACCCCUGGGACCACACAGAGGUGGAGUGGCCACAUGCAAAACCUGCCGCAAGCAGCCCCUGCCCAUCCCCUGAGAAGCCAGGGGCUGAGGUUUGUCCCCAGGGAGCUCCAGGUGUCCCACCAAGAAAAGGAGCUUUGCUGCACCAGCAGGCGAUUGCUUCCCGGGAGGACAUCGGCAUCCCACUGGGCAAGGAGAGCCUGGCCAAGGCAUUGGAGAAGGGGGGCAGCCAGCCCGAGCCCCUCAUUGCCAGGGGGGCCCAGGAUGCUGAGAGGGUCCCUGCAAGGAGCCGGAGCGUGGAGGUGGCCCUGGCUGCAGCAGAGAAACGUGGCAGCAUGGUGGGCAGGCAGGCAGGGGUCCGUCCUGAGGACACCCAGGCAGAUUCCACCGUUAAAAUAGACACUGGCCCCUGGGAGGGGAGCGAGGGGGAGCGCUGGGACCCGGGCAGAGCCCUGAGGAAGGGCAGCAGCGAGGGGGACCCCCGGCACCAGGGGGAAAAGCUGGGCACGGAAAAGCCAGCAAAAACCUCGGAGCUGCCACAAGCGGCUUUGGAGAAAGCAGGCAGCGUGGUCUGCCCAUGGGAGACGGGGGAACAGGGAAGGACCAUCAGAGCAGAAAUCUGCCCCUGGGACGCGGAGGGGGCUGAGCAGCAGCGAGAGAGGCAGCAGCCGGCCAAGCGGGUGAAAAGUGUCAGACCAAAAUCCCUGGGUUUGCCGAGAGCGCAGGACAGUGGGAGCAGCCUGCGAGCAGCCGGCCAGCCCUGGGGCAGCGCCAGCAGCAAGGGACCUCCACCGAAACCCGCGCCCAGAAGCUCCGAGCUGCCAGAAGUGACCUCGAGGAGCCCAACACGGGCUUCGGUUUGUCCCUGGGAAGUGGCAGCAGCUGACAGCGAUGCAGAAGUUUGUCCUAGAGAAAAAGGAACAGCCUUACCCAAUGCAGGAAAGUUGGGUGAUGGUGAGAUUUCCCAAGCGAAAAACGGGAUUUCCGCAGACAAAGCAGCCCCGAGGAGCACGGGAGAGACGGCUGCAGCCACGGCCAAGGAGAGCGGCCAGCGGGGACCCCCCUGCCCUGGGGAAGGUGCAGAGCAGCUAGGCACGGGGCUCACAGCAAAACACCCAGCUCUGCCCAAAACAUCAUCCGAGCAAGCAGGAACUAUCGAUAGCAAAAAGGCCAACAUUUGUCCAUGGGAAGCAGAGGAUGAGCCACGCGCUACAACAGAAAUAUGCCCCUGGGAAGAGCCUGCAGCUCCGCUGAGGAAGGAUAGACCGAGUCAGGACAUAUGUGGGAUUUCCAAAGGGGAAAACAAACCAGGAUCAAGAGGACUUGCAGAUACCAAAGCAAAGCUGACGGACACCAAGGACCAUCAACCAGUGUGCAGGGACACAGGGAUCUUAGGAAAGCUCAUUAGCAAAAGCCUGGAGAGCACAAAAACCGAGUCCAAGAAAUCCCAGAGUGUGGAGAGCAUUAAGGACGAGGUCUGUCCCUGGGAGAGCCUGGGCACGGAGCAGCCCCCAGCAAAACCCCGCGCUGGGAGCCCAGACAUGACCAAAUUGCCUUCAAAGAAAUCCCAGAGCGUGGAGAGCCUGAAGGCAGAGGUCUGUCCUUGGGAGGCUCAGGAGCUCGAAGCCACCGAUAAAGCAGAAAUCUGUCCCUGGGAGGUGGCUGUCCCACCAUCAAGUAAAGAGAAACCAAGACAGGGCAGAGAUGGUCUCUCCGCAGUCAGCAAAAGCCCUUCCACAAGUCAAGACCUAUUGAAAGAGAUGAGAGAGAAAAUAAUCGGAAAAAAGGAGAAAUCAAGCGCAGACCGUGAGUCCAUCUGUCCCUGGGAGAGCAUAGGCAUGGAGCAGCCCCCAGCAAAACCCCGCACUGGGAGCCCAGACAUGACCAAAUUGCCUUCAAAGAAAUCCCAGAGCGUGGAGAGCCUGAAGGCAGAGGUCUGUCCUUGGGAGGCGCAGGAAGCUGAAGCCACCGAUAAAGCAGAAAUCUGUCCCUGGGAGGUGGCUGCACCUCCCUCUGCUCAGCCAAAGGCAAAGCUGGGUGCUGGGGGGAGUUCAAAGGGGGAAAAGCGCAUCACACGUCAGGCAGCGUUAGCCAGCCCGGAGAGAUCCCUGGAGAAGGGCAGCAGCGAGCGAGAGGCCGUUUGUCCCUGGGAGAGCCUGAGCACAGAGCAGCCCCCAGCAAAACCCCGCGCCCGGAGCCCAGAUCUGCCCAAAUCGCCUUCAAAGAAAUCCCAGAGUGUGGAGAGCCUGAAGGCAGAGGUCUGUCCUUGGGAGGUGCAGGAGCUCGAAGCCACCGAUAAAGCAGAAAUCUGUCCCUGGGAGAGCCUGUGCACGGAGCAGCCCCCAGCAAAACCCCACGCCAGGAGCCCAGAUCUGCCCAAAUCGCCUUCAAAGAAAUCCCAGAGCGUGGAGAGCCUGAAGGCAGAGGUCUGUCCUUGGGAGGCUCAGGAGCUCGAAGCCACCGAUAAAGCAGAAAUCUGUCCCUGGGAGGUGGCUGUCCCACCAUCAAGUAAAGAGAAACCAAGACAGGGCAGAGAUGGUCUCUCCGCAGUCAGCAAAAGCCCUUCCACAAGUCAAGACCUAUUGAAAGAGAUGAGAGAGAAAAUAAUCGGAAAAAAGGAGAAAUCAAGCGCAGACCGUGAGUCCAUCUGUCCCUGGGAGAGCAUAGGCAUGGAGCAGCCCCCAGCAAAACCCCGCACUGGGAGCCCAGACAUGACCAAAUUGCCUUCAAAGAAAUCCCAGAGCGUGGAGAGCCUGAAGGCAGAGGUCUGUCCUUGGGAGGCGCAGGAAGCUGAAGCCACCGAUAAAGCAGAAAUCUGUCCCUGGGAGGUGGCUGCACCUCCCUCUGCUCAGCCAAAGGCAAAGCCGGGUGCUGGGGGGAGUUCAAAGGGGGAAAAGCGCAUCACACGUCAGGCAGCGUUAGCCAGCCCGGAGAGAUCCCUGGAGAAGGGCAGCAGCGAGCGAGAGGCCGUUUGUCCCUGGGAGAGCCUGAGCACAGAGCAGCCCCCAGCAAAACCCCGCGCCCGGAGCCCAGAUCUGCCCAAAUCGCCUUCAAAGAAAUCCCAGAGUGUGGAGAGCCUGAAGGCAGAGGUCUGUCCUUGGGAGGUGCAGGAGCUCGAAGCCACCGAUAAAGCAGAAAUCUGUCCCUGGGAGAGCCUGUGCACGGAGCAGCCCCCAGCAAAACCCCACGCCAGGAGCCCAGAUCUGCCCAAAUCGCCUUCAAAGAAAUCCCAGAGCGUGGAGAGCCUGAAGGCAGAGGUCUGUCCUUGGGAGGCUCAGGAGCUCGAAGCCACCGAUAAAGCAGAAAUCUGUCCCUGGGAGGUGGCUGUCCCACCAUCAAGUAAAGAGAAACCAAGACAGGGCAGAGAUGGUCUCUCCGCAGUCAGCAAAAGCCCUUCCACAAGUCAAGACCUAUUCAAAGAGAUGAGAGAGAAAAUAACUGGAAAGAAGGAGAAAUCAAGCGCAGACCGUGAAUCCAUCUGUCCCUGGGAGAGCCUGGGCACGGAGCAGCCCCCAGCAAAACCCCGCGCUAGGAGUCCAGAUCUGCCCAAAUCGCCUUCAAAGAAAUCCCAGAGCGUGGAGAGCCUGAAGGCAGAGGUCUGUCCUUGGGAGGCUCAGGAGCUCGAAGCCACCGAUAAAGCAGAAAUCUGUCCCUGGGAGAGCCUGGGCACGGAGCAGCCCCCAGCAAAACCCCGCGCUGGGAGCCCAGACAUGACCAAAUCACCUUCAAAGAAAUCCCAAAGCGUGGAGAGCCUGAAGGCAGAGGUCUGUCCUUGGGAGGCGCAGGAAGCUGAAGCCACCGAUAAAGCAGAAAUCUGUUCCGGGGAGGUGGCUGCACCUCUGCUCGCGAAAGGAGCAGUCCCGGGCAAGGCAAGCCUCCCACCACAAAAAGCAGGUGCCUCCAAACCACCAGAGAAGGGGAGCAGUGAGCACGAGGUCAUCUGUCCAUGGGAGAGUGUGGGCACAAAGGAAUUCUCCCCAAAGUCUUCUACAGAGAAAGAGCUGCCCAAGAAGUCCAGCAGCACAGACAGCAAAUCUGAUAUUUGUCCCUGGGAAGCAGCAGAGCCUACCACGUCUGAGAAGGAAAGCUUCCAGCCAGGGAUGCACCCACAGGGAGAGCACAGAGCAUCUCCCGCUGCAACGGGAAAGUCAAAGCUGGUAGCAGGAGCUAGUGCCGUGUCUCCAACAGCCCUGCUGAAAAAACCCAAGGGCAUAUCUGAUGGCAAGGCUGAGCACAAGCCCCUGUGUCGCAUCCUGCCAGGCAUCCAGCCCCCGCAGGGCCGCAGGGCAGAGCCACUGCCUCGGGGAGCAAGUGCAGCUCCCACGGUGGGCAGCAGCCUCAGCCCAGACGCCAGCAUAGCCCAGGUUUGUCCCUGGGAAGCAGAAGAGGCUCCAUCAGCAUCUGACAAGACCAGCACAGACACAAGGAAAACCUCCGAGGUGUCCGUGGGAGGUGGAGAGCGUGGAUCCCACUCCGACCCUCUGCAGGCAGGGCAGAGCCAGGAUGAGCCCCCGGGACGGAGGCAGGGGGGUGAGUGAAACCAAACCCGCCGUUUGCCCAUGGGACCACGAGUAGCUCCCUCCACCUGACCACCAGCCAGCUGCAGACGCGGCUUUCACAAAUGGAAAGCCCUGAGCUGAAGGCUGGUGCCUCCCUGAGUGGGGACAGAAGUGGCCACCAAAGCCAGCAGCAUGGCCACGCUCCCAGCGGGCUCCAGCAGUGGCCACCAGCCAGCCAGGCCUGGGGACCAACGCAGCGAGGGGACAGUUAACAUCUGCCUUCAUCGACACUCAGGCCGGGCAGCAGCCUGCAAACACCAUCCGUCCUUCACCUACAGGCACCUGGCCCAGCACAGGGUCCCCUCGGUCCAAGCCCAGCACCCAAAUACAUCGGAACAGCCCUGGCGCCAGCCUCGCUCGCUGCCACCAGCACAGCGGACACAAAGCUGCGGCUUGGUGGCUACAGACCCUCACCCACGAGCUCCCCAGCAGCUCAACAGCCUCCUACCACAUGGGGAGGUUUACAGCGAGGAGGGGCUUGCUUGGCACCCCGAAAUACGCAGCCCCACAGUCUCAGCAAGCUGGACCCUGAAACAAAGGGAGUCAAACCAGGGCAGCAAAACAAUGCAGCUGGGGAGGAAAACAGCUUUCCAGGGUUCCCGCAGCCCAGCUGAUGUCCCCCAGCACUGCUGUCACCUCUAUUUUAAGCCAGGGUGGUUUCUGUAAGCGCUGCUAGGUCCAGGCAAGUUCUGAAGCCUGGGAUAAAGACCUGUUGUUCCCAGCCAGCCCCACAUUUUGCUUCCUUAAAGUCAUUUACCUUUAAAAGUCCUCUGAAGUCACCGAGCCAGCCACAAGACUUCCACACACACCAAGCAAACCUGUCUGCUGUUCUGGUCCAGCGCCACCAGCCCAGCGCUUGCACGCCGCGCUUUGGCGAUGCCCAGCACCAUCUCUGUUCCCAGACGCCUUUGCCUAUCGCUUGACCCGGGUGGGAUAAACCCAAACUUCAGGCCACCCCGCUGCUCUGCUUUUACAAACCUCCACAUCCACAAAGGCUGAGAUGGGUAUUCCUGAUACUAACCUCUCCUCUAACUUUACAGCACUGCUACACUUCUAAUUCUUGCAGCAACUCAGCUGUUAACAUGUUUGUCUUAACUAACAAUGCCACUAACUUUUCAAAGCACUUUGUCGUUACUGGCUUCUUCACUCAUCCUGUGUGUGCACGUGUGCAAACACGCCCAGGGCUCCCCUUCCCAUCACAGGAGAGUUUUCCCCAUCAGCAUUUCCACCGGCACUAGCAAGCCUUCGCUUUUACAGCCCAUCUGUAGAAGAGCUGGAUGCCUUUUGCCGUCCCACAUUUCCACUUCUCCCUGUGUUGGCAAGACCCAUUCCUUUGAGGCAGAUGCAAAGAGACUCCUGUACGACAGAGAAGGUGCGGAGCCCAUGGAGGCACUACGACCUCCAGAGCAUCAGACAAGGCUCCCAGGUUUGCCAUUACUCCAGCCUGCCCACUCACAAAUGCAGGAGGGAAGGGAUGCAGCCACACGCAUGGGGAAAGCCUCAGGAUCAGGAAGGCAGCGGCUGGGAAACAACAAAGCCUCCAGUCUCCCCAGAUUUGUCCCUCUGCUCCACUUAGAUGGAAGCAAAUAAAGAGACAGCUGAAGUGAAGGUUUUGGCUCUCCCUCUGAUCUCCACGCAAGGCUGGGGCUCAUGCUUGUCCUGCCGUUCUUUUGUCCCUUACUUCCACUCUCCUUAGAAAGUGGUGUUGCUGUUGUCUGUGGUCUUCAGCGCUGAACGUCAAACGACCAUCCAAUCGUGUAAGUAAAUGUACAUACAGAAAAUAAAAAGUGUUAUCUACAGAG